AUGGAGACUGUGCACCAGUUGAUUCAGCAGGUAGUGCGGGGAUUUUACGAUGUCAAAGCAGUCAUUAUUAUGGACGCUUUGUUGUAUCACCGGGUGCUGAGUGACAAAGAACUGAUCACAAUGCUGGGUUUACCGGCAAAAGAGAUCCGAAGUAUUUGUGCGAGACUCAAAGAAGAUCAUUUACUGAAAGAUUUAAGUCAUAAAGACGAUGCAACCCGGGAUCAGCGAGCGUUUUCCCAGACCUACUAUUACAUUCAUUUCACAGAGGCAAUUGAUGCUGUGAAGUGGAAAAUGUACUCUAUUGAAAGCAAAUUAAAAGAGCAAAUGGACGCUCAGCAUAACCCGCACGAUUAUGUGUGCGACAUUUGCAAAAACAGAGUCUCCACCAUCGAUGCUGUAUCGUUGUUCAAUCCCGAAAUGGGGGCGUUCUUAUGUGAUGUUUGCGGGAAUCCUUUAAGAGAGGACGAUGGCCCGGGUCCGCAGGACGGAAACUCGGCUCAGGAUCAAAAGGGCGAACUAAUGCAGCAGCUCCAUCCCCUGAUUUCUGCUCUGCGUAAGAUUGACGACAUGGUCAUACCUGAAAACACCUUCCAGUCGGAACUCAACGUUGCAAUUCCAAUACCGAGUGCAGAGCUUUUGGCUGCAUCAAAGCCAACCGCGCGCCCGUCUGGCCCCAGCCAGCGGUUGCCGGAGCCCGUUCAGGCCACCUUCGAAGUGCACAUUACCUCCGAUGCAGAACGCGCAGCCCAGGAACGCGAAUCUGCGGCAGAAAAGAAGCGUCUGCUCGAGGAAAAUGCUCUCCCAGAGUGGCAUGUGCGGUCUACUGUUGGUCAAAAGGUUUACGAUGCUUCCGCUGCUCAAUCAAACCCGGUUGUUAAGACGGAGCUCGAAACUAGUGCUGAACCAGAAGAAAAGAAAGAGGAGAGCGCCAUGGAUGAGUAUUACCGUAAACUUGCCGAACAGCAGGCUGAAAAUGGUGCCGCCGAAGAGGAAGAAGAGGAAGAAGAUGACGAGUUCGAAGACGUUAUCUAG